AUGCUGUUUUUCUUAGUAAGGUGUGACGAACUAUUACCGAGUUUCGCCGAACCUCUUCCGAACAUCUCUGUACCAGUUGGCCGAGAUGUUGACAUCCCAUGUAUCAUUGAGAAUAUUGGAUUCAAUAGGGCGGCUUGGAUAAGAGUGGAAACAAAAGCUAUACUCUCCAUCCAUGACCACGUGAUUACUAGAAACUACCGUAUAAGCUUAAGUCACGUUGACAGCAGGAGCUUUGUGCUGCACAUCAAAGAUGUGGAAGAGUCCGACAGUGGAGGAUAUAUGUGUCAAGUGAACACAGCUCCGAUGAUGAGCCAAGUGGGAUAUCUGGAUGUAGUGUUCCCUCCACAAAUUCAACGAGAAAACACCAGCUCGGACAUCAUCACUCAGGAAGGGUCAAAUGUAACUUUGACCUGUGUGGCUAAGGGAUAUCCUACACCAAACAUCACGUGGCGACGAGAAGACGGGAAGCCUAUCAUCACAUCAGUUAAUGCUACAGAACAGUUAGAAUCUGAUAUUUCAGGAUCCAACCUAGUCAGCGAGAGUCUGAAUCUAAUACAGGUAAAUCGCAGUUACAACGGAGCGUACUUGUGUAUAGCGAUGAAUGGAGUACCUACGUCAGUCAGCCAACGAAUCCUAUUACAAACAAAUUUCCCGCCGGAGGUCACGGUGGAAGACAAACGAGUUCAUGCUCAUCUUGGGGAUACAGUUUUGUUGGAGUGUCGUAUCGAAGCUCUGCCCUUCCCGAACAUUGUUUGGAAGAAGGAGAAUGGAAAAGAUAUUUCAUUGGGAAAGAAAUAUGAAAUAGACGUAGCAAUCAAAGAGUAUAAAAUUCAAACAGUUCUAAGAAUCCGAGAUGUCCAGUCUACUGACUUUGGGAUAUACAAGUGUACUGUCAACAAUAGUCUUGGUAAAGCAGAGGGAGAGAUCCACAUCUAUGAUAUUCCACGUCCAACACCAGUACCUACCUUCCCGAUUCAGUGGAUGUCUUCUAUUUCGCUAGAGACCGGUCCCCAAAACGACUUGAAUGGGCAUAAUGAAGAGGAGGAGAACCAUGUCGUUUUCCCUAAAGAACCCCGUCAAGCUGCUAAAGAGGAGAGUUCUCCGUUGUAUGAUUGAUACACCAAACGUUCGUGGUAGUAAAGUAUCAAAUCAAAGAGCAGAGGAAGAAUCGGGU